UUAACAAUAAAUAACACUGUAGAAACAACAACAUCAGCAUCAACAUCAUCAUCAUCAUCGCCUUCAUCACCAUCAUCCUCAUCAUCAUCGUCGUCAUCGUCAUCAUCAUCUUCCAGGCGCAGCUUCUUUUUAUAAGCUUCUAAACUUACCCUGAAGAAAGGGUGCGAACGCGUCUGCGAAAGAAAAAGAGAGCCUUACGUUCAAAUCAAGAGGGAUAAAGUAUACUUUAGCGUCGUGACAUAUUUACACCACUUCUUUCUAUUUUGCUUUUACCGAGACAACCACUAUUACUACUAUUAAUACCACCACCACUACUACUGCUAUUACUUAUACUGGUAUAGAACUUCAGGUUCUACUACUACUACUACAGUUUGUGCUACUUUUAGCGUCUUCAGUUGUGUACUACGGUACUCUAGUUUACAAUGACCAUUGCAGGUAAUGGUUAAUGGCAUAAUUAUCACUAACAACAACAACAACAAUAAUAAUUACAGACACUACUUAACUGUAACAGUAACAAACACCACCAAACAAUAUCACAAACAAUCGUCGACACUACAAACCGAACACUAACUACGGCAACAGUUAAACACAAAGACUAGAAAAAAAAACUACGACCGACCGCCCACUCUACGACGCCACGAGUGUCUACUACAACUGUAACAACAUCAAAAACACAACCACUACUAACUACAACAGUAGCAACAAUAACAAUCUAAUCAUCAUCACCGCCACCGCCACCACUAUUAACAGCGACUGUGACAAUAUUAAUAAUAGCGAAGACACCGGUUCCGUAGAUGAGAAUCUAGACACUACAGCCGUCGCCGUCGGCUCGUCUGAAAUCACUACUACCACCACUACUACUACCAACUCCUGUACUACCUCAGUGUCUGUCGUCAAUAGCACCACUACCAUCACCACCACCACCACCACCAUUUCAUCUCCGGAUAGCCCGCGGCUGUUCGCUUCCGGUGACGGCAACAGUGUUACAGGUAGCAAACAUGUCGCCGACACCGCCACCACCACCACCACCACUACCACCGCGACCACCACCACUACCACCACUACCACCGUAGCUGCAUCCACCAAUGGUGGUGGAGGUAGUGGUGGUGGUGAUGUUGGUCGCGGUGAUGGUGGUGGCGGUAGUGGUGGCGAGAGCGGUAUAGGUUCGGGAGGCGGUGGUGGUGGUGGUGGUGGUAGUAGUAGUAGUAGUAGUAGCGGUGGUGUUGGUGGUAGUAGUGAUAGUAGUUGUGGUGAUGCUAUUGAGAUUGAUGGUGGUGGUGGCGGUGAUAGUUUAGCCAGAGGCGGGAUGGAUUCAGGCAACAGCAUCAAUAGUAGUCGCAAUAAUAAUAACAAUCUUAAUACUACUACUACUACUACCACUACUACUACUACUACUACUACCACUACUACUAAUGAUUAUAAUACUAGUAAAGGUAGCUAUAGCAACGGUGUAAAUAGUAGUAUUAGUAGUAUUAGGAGCUGCAGUAGCAACAACAGUACCACGACAAGUGGUUUCCGAAUUGGCGGGUGCCCGUUCUCAAGACUCGCAGGAAGAGGUCGGGUAGAAUAUGGGGGUGGCGACGGAGGUGGUGGCGGUGGUGGCGGAGGUGUUGGUAGCCCACCCGACCAGUCUUUGCCCUCGCAACAACAACAACAGCAACAACGACAAUCAUCAUCAGCAACAACAACAACAUUGAAACUACAUAUUCACUCGACAACAACGGCGACCACCACAACGACGACGAUGACCACCACAACAACAGCCACAACACCGACGACAACAACAACAACAAAAUCAACGACACCAACACUACAACAGCAACAACAACAAAAGCCGCACGUGGCCGGGUUGUGCAUGUGGGCCACGGGAUCUUACAAAAGCACAUCCCCCUCGUCUUCUCAGUCAUCAACGACUUCAGCAACUUCGUCGUCGUCGUCAUCUAUGGUCCCUACGGCCGGUAUGGGUGGUAGUGGUGGUGGCGGGGGCUGUAGCCCCACGGUCACCAGUCCCGGUAGUAAGAGACAGCGUAAGAUCAGUAAUAUAUCAACGACCUCGUCUUCAGCAGGGUCCGACUCGGAAGGAGUCCAGGAUGUUUACACGGAGAGGCGACUCGAGUUACGUGGACUCAUCGAAGCAGUUGGCACCCUUAUUUUACCCACGAUGUGUUUUAUGAACCGAGCUUUGGAAAAUGUGAUAAACGAAAAUUCAAGGAUCGCCAAAAGAAUCCGAGAUGAAUUAGCGAUUGACUGGGAGAAGUUCGAUCUCUCGUCACAUGAUCAUGAGACACGUUAUCUAGAUUAUGAUGAUGAUUUGGUUGUGAAGAUAGUGUCCGCCACUGCCAGACUUUCAGGUUGUUGGACUUUUAACGAGUUGAUGCAUAAACUCGGUAUGGAAUAUUUCAAGAUUUGUGUCCACGAAUAUAACAGAUCGUUGCGGUCAGUCGGCAGCAACCUUUUGGAGUUCUAUAGCAAUAUAGAUGGUUUACAUGACCAUAUUUGGAAUUCUACAAAGUUUGGUUCCAGAGUACCUCCAUCUUUCAGAUGUGCUACAGAAGAUGGAAAGCUCAUCGUCCACCUAUACACAGAUCGUCCCCAGAUGCGUUUCUUCAUGGGUGGUGUCGUCCUGGCGACCGGCGUCAUCCUUUUCUCGGUGCAUAACCUGGUUGUUAAGGUGUCGCAAUAUAGAAAACCAACACAACAGAUUCACCACGUGACCAUCACGUUGAGUCACGAGCCGGGAACGGCGUCCAAAAACAGUUCGGAAGGGGUCUCGUCAACAGCGUUACCGACCAGCGGAGGUAGUUUAUUGACGGAACAUCAGGCAAUCAUGUCGAGCAACCCGGCCGAUUUAAAAAUCGGCGUGAGGACAUUUUGUAAGACAUUUCCCUUUCACGUGAUAUUCGACCGUGACCUCCAGAUUACACAGCUUGGUAGUGCUCUCAUGAAAAUGAUUGCCCCUGAAAUUGCGAGUAAGGGACUAUUUUUUGGCACGUACUUUGAAUUGAAGCGACCACGUGUUCGAAUGGACUACAUGUCAUUUCUUGCUCGGGUGAAUUCCACAUUUGUCAUCAGUAUAGCACAACUUUCCAGAGGAAGUGACGUCAUCAACGAGCAAAUGGAAUUAAAAGGACAGAUGAUUCACCUUCAGGAGUCAGACGCCAUCUUAUUUCUAGGUUCACCGAGCGUCGAGAAACUUGAUGAAAUGAUUGGUAAGGGAAUCUAUAUAUCAGAUAUACCGAUCCAUGAUGCGACCAGGGACGUCAUACUAGUCGGAGAACAAUCAAAAGCCCAGGACGGUCUGAAGAAGAGGAUGGAACUGUUAAAGCGGAGUGUGAUACAGGCCACAGAAGCUGUCAAUGAAGAACGGCAGAAAAAUGUUGAUCUUCUGCAGAUGAUAUUUCCUUCGACAGUGGCUCAGAAGUUGUGGAGAGGCGAGACCGUGGAACCAACCAAAGUGAACGACGUUACGAUGUUAUUUAGCGACAUUGUAGGAUUUACGGCCAUCUGUUCCUCGUGCAAGCCCAUGACCGUCGUUAAUAUGUUGAACGCCCUCUACACCCACUUCGAUAACUUCUGUGGAAUGCUCGAUGUCUACAAGAUCGAAACUAUUGGUGAUGCUUACUGUGUAGCAGCAGGGUUACAUAGAUCCAGUCCUUACCAUGCGCAACAGAUUGCCUGGAUGGCUCUUAAGAUGAUGGAUACGGCCACAUCACAGAAAUCUCAUGAUGGCAAAGCAAUUGAGAUGCGGAUUGGUAUACACAGUGGUUCAGUCCUAGCUGGAGUAGUUGGAACGAAGAUGCCACGCUAUUGUCUGUUUGGUAACAACGUCACAUUGGCGAAUAAGUUCGAAUCCGGAAGUAUAGCCAAACACAUAAAUGUCAGCCCGACAUCGUACGAAUUGCUGAAAGAAACGCCAGGGUUUGAAUUUUCGCCCCGAUCCAGCGAAGACCUGCCACGUGGAUUCCCGGAACACAUUUCCGGAAUUCCCUAUUUUCUCCUGGAUUACAAACAUCCGACACUAACGGACAGUAACGAUCCAUCAGUGGAUCAUAUAGCAGCGGCCAUAGUUAAUUUCCAUAUUAGAUCCCCUUAAAAUAAUCCUUCUCUCUUUCUUUCUUUAUUUUUCUUCUUUCUUAUUUUUUCUCAUCGUCGUCAUCGCUGUCGUUAGUAGAAUUUUGUUGUUGUUGUUAUUGCUGUUUUUAUUUGUUUUUGUUGUUGUUGUUGUUGUUGUGGUUGUUAUCGUUAUUGUAAUAAUUAUUGUUGUUGUAGCAGCUGUUAUAGUUGAUGCCUACUCUGCUCUGCUCUGCCCUGCCCUGCUCUGCCUUGCCCUGCUCUGCAAAAAUCGAUAUUGCCUUUCAUUGUUCCAAAGAUCAAUAAAUAAAGUACGACUGAAGAGAUCGGUUAAAAAACACCAGACCCCUUACCUGCAACACACUUGUACACCCCUUCCCAAGCAUAAUUUUACGCAUCGACAGAAUCGUUAAAGCAUAGUAAAAAAAAAAUGCUUAGAGUUAUUUCUUCCUGCUCUUCACGUUCUGGUUUCAAAUUGCAACGGCGUCAGUUUUACCUUUCACCCUUCCAGGGAUCGAUGUAAUACAACACCAGUCAAAACUUGCGGGUUCGAUUUACUCGACAGACCUCUCCUAACUAGUCUGGUCUCGUAUCUCUGUUAAAAACACAAAAGCAAUGAAUUGACAGAACCGUUGGUGAGUCAGACAAAAUUACUUCACGGGAUUUCUUCCGGUUGUUUACGUUCUGAGUUCAAAUUCCGCCAAGUUCGACUUUGUCUUUCAACCUUUCACAUUCGAUGAAAUAAAUACCAGUCGAGUAAUGGGGACAAUUUAAUCAACUAGACCUCUUCCCUUAAAAUUCCUGGUCAUGUGCCUGUAGCUGAAAUCAUCAUCAUUCCUCAUCUUCUUCUUCUUCUUCUUAUUAUUAUUAUUAUUAUUAUUAUUAUUAUUAUUAUUAUUAUUAUUAUUAUUAUUAUUAUUAUUAUUAUUGUUGUUGUUGUUGUUUAAGGCAGAGAGAUGAUAGAAUCGUUAGCACGCCGGAGAAAAUACUUAGCAGCAUUUCGUCCGUCUUUGCGUUCUGAGAUCAAAUCCCGCCGAGGUCGACUUUGCCUUUCAUCCUUUCGACGGUCGAUAAAUUAAGUAUCAGUCGAGUACUGGGGUCGAUGUAAUCGACUAUUCCCAACCCCCAAAUUUCAUGCCUUAUGCCUAUAAUAGAAAGGAUUAUUAUUAUUAUUAUUAUUAUUAUUAUUAUUAUUAUUAUUAUUAUUAUCCCUGUUAGAAACACAAUUCUUUUAGAAUUGAUAAAAUAUGUACCAGUCAAACACUGGGGUUGAUGUAGUCAAUUUACCCCCUCCCACAAAAUUGCUGGCUUUGUGCCAAAAUUAGAAACGAUCAUCAUCAUCAUCAACAUCAUCAUUGUGUUAGAUUGUGAGAAUUAUUAGAACGUGGAAUGUCUGAGAGAAAAUACAUUGUGGCGUAUAUUCUGGCUCUUGAAGUUCUGAGUUCAAAUCCCGCUAAGGUCAACUUUGCCCUUCAUCCCUCCUGGCGGAGGGUGGAAGAAAUGCUGUUAUAAAUACCGGUCAAAUACUUGCUUAACGAUUUCCCAUCCAAAUUUGUGGCCUUGUGCUUCUGUUAGGUUCCAUCACUUUAAUUAUUAGAACAACGCGUUGCAGAAGUAGCAGAGAGUUUGGACGAAACUGCCUUGAGGGUAUUCUUAGUUAUCUCCCUUUACGUUCUGAGUUCAAACCCCGCCGACAUCAACUUGGCCUUUUAUUCUUUAUUUGGGGUGGGGGGACUCUAAUAAUUUAUUACCAAUUACUAAUUUUAAGCUAAAUGACUAUUCCUCUCCCUCCUAAACCCCCACCAAAUAAGCACUUUUUUGUCUAUAUUAGGAAUUAUUAUUAUUAUUAUUAUUAGUAAUAUCAUUAUUGUCAAUUUCUGUUUGCUUAUCAUUACCGCAUAAUGCCAUUGUUGUUGUUCGUUGUGGUGUUAUUGUUGUGGCUGUUGUUAUUUUUUUUCUUGGUCUAAUUAUUGUUGUUGUUGUUGUUGUUAUAAAUCAUUAACGUUGUUGUUGUAGAAACCAAUUACGAACUAGUUUUCUUUAUUGUAUUUUUUCUUAAAUAAAUAAAUUAAUUCAAUUAAA